AGACCGCGAGCCCGUCGGCGCGUUGUAGCAGAAGGCUGCGGGGCGGGGGGGGGGCGGAUUUCUCCGCGGGACCAGCCGGAGGGCGAUGGGGCGAGGCCUGCGGGCGUCGCGGAGCUAGCUAGUGGACAGUGGCGGGAGACGAGGAGUGGUUCAAGAUGUUUUCAAAAUGGAAUUGGUCAGUAAAAGCUGUGUGGACUCUCUUGAGCAUUUGCAUUCACACCUUUGGAGUUUCAGAUGGUCUGGUGAAGCUGUGUGGCUAUAUCAUCCCAGAGUCUCCAGUUUUGCUUGCUGGCUCCAAUUUCACAGCAUUUUGCGAUAUCAGCGACUGCAUGUAUGACAACAUUAAUGCCAGUCAAAUUUUCUGGAAAACAAAAAAUGUGGUUGUCCCAAAAGAACAAUAUAAUGUAAUAAACAAAACUUUCUCUAGUGUCACAUUUAAUGACACCUCUACUUUAGUUUCUCCUCUCACUUGCAACAUCUUAGCCAGAGGCAACAUUGAACGAAACAUCUAUGGAAUUAACAUACGUUUGGGAUUUCCUCCAGAAAAGCCUAAGAAUUUGAGUUGCGUUGUGAUUCAAACUCAGAGAGAUUUCAAUCGAACAUGUACCUGGGACCCUGGAAGGCCCACACUCCUAAAGACCAACUAUUCUUUAAAAUCACGCUGGCCGACCUUUAAAUUCCCUGACUGUAUACCCACACAAACUAAUAAUUCCUGCACCAUUUCUGAAGUUAACUUCUAUGUUACCCUAGAACUGUGGGUGGAAGCUGAGAAUGAGCUUGGGAAAGUUGAAUCUGACCACAUUGAGUUUGCGCCUGAACACCAUGUAAAACCUCUGCCUCCACACAAACUCUUUCUCAACUCAGGAGAAUUUUCCACAGUCCUGAAACUAUCGUGGGAAGACCAAUUCAAUGAAAGUACAAUGAAACUGAAAUAUAAAAUUAAAUACAAGACUAUUGACAGUAUAGACUGGAUACAGGUUCCUCCUGAAGACACAGCCUCACCGAGAUCAUCCUUCAUUAUCCAGGAACUUAGGCCAAACACAAAAUAUAUGUUUAAAGUGUGUUGUGCAGUUAAAAAUUAUUCAGGUUAUUGGAGUAACUGGAGUGAAGAAGUAGUUGGGUUCACAGCUGAGGACAAACCAUCUAAAGGACCAGCUGUGUGGCGGAAGAUUAGUACUGUUAACUCAUCAAGGAACUGGACUCUAGUUUUGAUCUGGAAGGAAUUGAGUAAUUCUGAAGCCAAUGGAAUAAUUUUGAGAUAUGAAGUAUCCAUUGCAGGAAGGCCUCCGCUUUUAUUUCCAACUGAAUUUUACAUUGUGAAUACCACCCAGCUGUCCCUAAAUGUACAAAAUGGAACAUACGAAGUAAGAGUUGCAGCCUAUAACAAAGUUGGUAAAUCUCCUUCAUCAGUUUUGCUUAUCCCAGCAAUCAACUCAAAAGGUUCUGUAAAAAAUGUUGCAGCAUUUCCUAAGGAUGGCAAACUCCGGGUAAAUUGGACAGCUCCCAAAGAACCAGUUGACAAAUACAUAAUUGAAUGGUGUGAACAGUGCAACAACUUGACCUGUGUUACUGAAUGGCAACAGGAACCUGGAACAAAACAGGGUGCAUUUCUAAAAGGAAACAUAAAGCCACACAAAUGUUAUACAAUCACUGUGCAUCCUCUGUAUGCUAAUGGUCAAGGAGAAGGAAGAUCUACGCAAGCGUACCUUCAGCAGGGUGUGCCCGCUAGUGGACCCACAGUUCGAACAAAGAAGGUUGGAAAAUCUGAAGCCAUUUUAGAAUGGAAACCACUUUCCAUGGAAGAGCAGAAUGGGUUUAUUCAAUACUACACUAUAACUUAUAAAACAAUGACUGGAAAUGAAACAGUUGUAAAUGUGGACCCUUCUAGAACAGAGUACGCACUGUCUUCCUUAUCAAGUGACACUUUAUAUAUGGUACAGAUGUCAGCAUACACAGAAAAGGGAGGGAAAAGUGGGCCUGCUUUUACAUUUACUACAAAUAAAUUUGGAGAAGGAGAAAUUGAAGCAAUAGUUGUUCCUGUUUGCCUAGGAUUCCUACUGUUUACCCUCUUCGGUGUAUUAUUUUGCUUCCACAAACGAGAUAUCAUCAAGAAGCACAUCUGGCCUAAUGUGCCUGACCCUUCAAAGAGUGUAAUCGCCCAGUGGUCGCCACAGAUAACAUCUAAGAAUUUUAAUUCCAAAGAACACAUAUAUCCGGAAGGCAGCUUUACUGAUGUCAGCGUGGUAGAAAUUGAAGCUGAUGACAAGAAUUCUCUUCCUGAUCAGGAUCUGAAGCAUUUUGACUUGCCUAAAAAGGAAAAAAAUGCCUCAGAAGGUCACAGUAGUGGUAUAGGAGGAUCAUCUUGUAUGUCGUCUCCUCGGCAAAGUGUUUCUGAUAGCGAUGAAGGUGAACCUGUUCAAAACACUUCCAGCACUGUGCAGUAUUCAACUGUAGUACCCAGUGGCUACCGGGACCAGAUACCUUCAGUGCAAGUCUUUUCUAGGUCUGAGUCUACCCAACCUCUGUUAGACUUGGAAGAGAGGCCAGAAGACCAGCAACUGCUAGGAACUGAAAACUUGACAUUGAGGCAACGCUAUUUCAAACAGAAUGGUAACUGGGAUGACAGAGUUAAUGAUGGGCCCCAUUUGGAAAAUAGAAAACAGAUUUCUCCAAUAAAUGAGGAAGAUACUGCUGGACAUCAAGCCUCACAAAUGUGUGGCUCUGGCACUGAAAGAGAUGAGCAAGGAGUUACCUUAGCAGGUGUUUUCCAUCCAAGCCCUGAGGGACCAGCCUUGCAGAUUGAAACCAUGAGAAUAAAUACAAUGACAGAUGAGGAGAUACCAAAGUCUUAUCUACCACAGACUGUAAGACAGGGUGGUUAUAUGCCGCAGUGAAAAGGAAGAGACCACUUCCUGCCAGAUACUGUUACAGCGUUGAUUCUGCUACGUUAAACUAUUGUUUUUAAAUCUUGCUUCAGAAAAAAAAUCAGGUUCAUAUAUGAACAGGAAUGUGGGCAAUGUGCAUUUGGGAACUUAGAGCAGAACUUAGAACUUAAGUUGGAAGUUUCAAGACAUGUUGUGGAAAUAUUUCUUCAAGCACUACAUUUCACUCAGUUAAGCAGACGAAUCUGUUGCCUUUCAUUUUUGUCUUGGGAUAUCCACCUCAUUUGAAUGUGGAAUAGAAGACAACCCUCACUUUACUAAUUGAUAAAAGCAAAGAAAUGACAACUGACUGUGAAUACCUCUCUUGACUAUGAUGAAAUUAAUGCCUAAGCAUUAGAUAAUUACAUUGGCUUAUGUCAGCUUUUCAAAAGUGGAAGUAGAUUAUUUUAUCUUGCAUGACUUACCUUUAAAAGUCAUCCAGAGACCCAAACAACUGUCUCUUUCAGCCCAGACUUAAAACAGACACAAUAUUGGAAGGGGUCUAGCAUAUACCCUCAUCAACUGACUGGAAAGGUUCCAUUCAUUUGGGGUUUUCUGCCAUCCAGUGUUCUGACCUUGUCAGUAAAAAAACUAAAAGUAAAAUAUUUAUUAUCUAUUUGAACCAUGACUAUGCUAUUACUACUUAACUCUGAAAGCCAGUAUUUCAUACUUUUUGUCAUGCAGUUUGAGCCAAAUCUAUUAAAAUUUUAAACAAUGUAUUUAGAACUCAAACAUGUCAGAAAAAAUCAAUGUGUGUGCUUAUUUUUUUACUUUUUAACCAGAUUAAACAUGGAUAUAGUAAAUAUAUUCUAAUUAAUAUCAUGUAAUAAAGUUAUAGGGAAAACAUUAAAAGGGAAUAUCUGCUGCUCUUUUACUGAUUUCAAUACAAGGUUCUAGUAUUCCCUGCUGCUACUGCUGUCAUUUUAAAUGCCUAGAGCGGUGCAACAUCAGUGUGACCAAUGAUGUCCCUAAAGGACACCAGGAAGGGCUGUAGUUUUGGUACUUGGCAUGGGCAUUUUUUAUCCCAUGCAGGAAGAAAGAUUGUCUCUAAGAACAUUUCUUUCAGACCAGAUCUAUAUUUAUCAUGAAGCCAUCUGUGCUGACUGACUUUCUUUUGGUGAACUAACUCAAUAUAAUCUCUCUUUCUAUACUGCAUGAGUAAGUUAAGGCUCUAUUCUGAAGCGAUGCAGAAACACUACAACUGUUUAAUGAGAAAUAAAGCUUCUUUUGAUUUUAUUGUCACCAGUUUAACAAUGUGCAGUUAAGUUUGAAUAUAUUUUGACAUUUCAGUGGCCAGAGAUAAUCUUUUGCUUCCCAGGUUGUUGGCUGUAACUGGUGAUUAUAGAGAAGACUGGCCCAUGAGACUUCGCUCAAAGGAUAGCUGUAAAUAACAUUUAACAUUUUCAGAAGUUUCUAUCUAUCAAACCAUUCUUAUUGCAGCAGUUUUCAUAGAUAUUGAUGGUGAAUUGUGCUGUAACCUUGUUAGAAUUCUGUUAAGAUAGACUGACUCUUUACCUGCCUGUACCACCAGUCUUCUAAAAUCAGUUUGCAUGUAUCACGGUAAUAGUUUCACCCAGUGAUUAGAAAUGUAAAGAAUGUUUACCUAUUUAGUUAAUAGUUGGCUGUUCUUCAGAAACCAUUCAAGUGUGCCUUUAUCUUUCCAAGGGUUUUGAGUUGUUAUUCAAACAUAAGCACUGGUGGUGCAUAAUUAAGCAUUUGUGCCCUUGUAGCUCAGGGACAAAAGCUGGGUUUAUUACAAUCAUAAUAUAGAGAGGAAUGCUCAUUCCUUGAAAGACCAAGAUGUUGCCUCUAUAUGAAAAGGAAUUUUUGUGGAAUUUAAAAUCUGGCCUCUUCUGUUGUCCUGAAACUAUUGGAAGGGCUCUGUCUUUGAUUAUGAGAAACCAACAUUUCCUAGAUAUUCAACAUUCCUAAUGUUGUAAUGCAUUUAACAUUCUAGCUGUCAGUUCUUACCAAAUAUCCACUACUGUCUGAGCCCUAUACAGAAUGCAUUUGAAGUCAGUUUUACAAUCACCUUCAUUCAGAAAAUGUGCUGUAUUUAACAUAUCAUUUGCUUUGUGUAUCUGGCUUAAAAGCCUUUUUGUCCUGGAGCAAGCUUAAGCUAAUACAUUCCUCACGACAAAUAGCUUAAUAAUGCUCUUCAGUGGCAAUUCCUAUCCAGUGGCAGUGCUCAUAGAAACUUUUCAUAUUUUCAGAUUUGUCAUUUUAUAUUCAUAGAACACACCUAUCUUUCUAGAAUUGCUGUGUCAGUUUCAACAUUGUUUGCUCCAUCACCUUCCCUCACCAGUCUUUAUGCAAGACUGAAACAUGGUUGCAUUGUCAUUUGUUAUGCUAAAUGCCAUAUUUAUUUACUUUAAGGUAGAGGUUCUCUAUCAGCUCAGAACCUUAUUAACUUAUACAGCAAGACUGUUUAUGUCUACCUGGACUCAAUAAGUUCUUUUGAAUUCUGAGGUAACUGCCUUAAAGCUGCAAUCCUUUGCCACUUUAUAGCUUAUCAAAACCUGCUAAAAUGGGAGGAAUCUGGACUUAGUUUCUUACAUAUCACAACAAAUAAACACAGGAUAGAUAUGUGAUUGAUACAGGAAGCAGCUGUAUUUGGUGUAGGUUUUUGAAACUUGUGACUUCGGUAUAAAAGGGGGAAGGGCUCCCCUUAAUGUCUUCUACAUAAAGGGAGGUGAGUGGAAAGAGGGAAAAUAUUUCCAAGCAGAGUAGUGCUGAUAACUUAAAGAGCCGUUUUAUUUCUUCAACCUCAUUCCUCAGAUGGGAAUUCAGUGCUCUUAGGUAAAUGUCCAUUUAUGCAAAGGAAGGGAAGGUUAAGAAUAUUGUCUCAAUGUAACCAAUUAAGUUGCUCACUGACUCAGAAGGCUGUUCUUUAAGAAGGGAGCUGUAGAAGUACUUCCAUGAUGAGUGACAAUUAAGGGCUAAAGGAACUGAAGAUGGAUUAGAAACGAAAGGUUAACGUCAACAACAUUGAAUUGAAUUUGCCAUUCCAAUGCAAAUGGCCAGAUGCUGCUAAUACCUUGCUAAAAUAUUUGAUCCAGACCUAGGUCUAGAAUAUGGUGAUAGCAUGUCACCUAGUUAAGAGAACAUUCAAAAUCAUUACUGGAAUCUUUAUGGUCCAAGGAAUGGUUGAGAAGCAGAGGAUUAUACAGCGAUGCAAAUGAAGGAAUAAGCAUUAACAGUCAGUUCUGCAAUAUUGAAGAUAACAUUUCUGGGUCUUUUUGAGAUUUCAUCUGGUUAGGACAUAUUAAAAACUGAACUGUGACAACAAGAAAAUAUAGCACUGUGACUCUUGGACCUGAUGAUCAGAUCACUUAUAUCCAAAAGGCACCUAGCUCUAGAAUGAAAUUUGUAAACUAAAUGUUCAUAUAUCGCCACGUUUCCCUGCAAUUUAUUUAUUCCUAGCAUGACACAUUUCUCUGCAGUGAGAAUGCCACAGUGUGGAAAUUGCUUUCAAAUGAAAAAUGCUAAACCCAGCAGUUGAAUCUCUGUUUUUAAACCAGAGUGCCUUUACGAUCGGAGACAAAGUCAAAGUCAUUUUCACUUUCUUAAGAUAUAGUUUCAAGCAUUCUUCAUGUUUUUUUCAGUGAUACAGAGGUCAAAAAAGUCUAUACAAUUUUGUAUAUUUUGAAUUUCAAAUUAAAUAGUUAAAUAUGGCACUGUGUGUGAUGUAUUAGCAGUUUUUAAAUUACAGUAUACAGAAUGAAACAUACUAUGCAUGUUUACUCAGAAGUAAAUCAAUUAAUUGGAUUUAUAUGCAAAUGUACAUAAGAUAGUAGAUUUAGUUUCAUUUGAAGCAAAUUGGGUCAUUCAACUUUAAUCCAGGGUAGCUCAUGUCAAGGGCACAGAUUGUGUGGGUUUGAUGACAUUCAAGAAUAUGUUGUCCUGUGCAACAUCUUUUACUCCUCUAAUGUUUCCUAUACUUCGGCUAUAGCCUCAAGUGAUGGGGCAAGUAGUUUGAAAACAUAUGUUCUGCUAGCUUGGUUGAUGCAGUAAUAGCCAAAAACAGCUGUACAUUAUAAUGGGAAAUUUGAUUUCAAAACAUCUAUGAAAUCAGACGUUGACUAUACUGCAGUCUAGUGAUCUUUAUAUAAAUACCUAACAUUAUUAGAGGUUUAUAAACAAUACUUCUGUUGUCAAGCAGUUAUGGAAAAAUUUCCUGUGUCUAGAUUGCAAUAACAGUAAGUUUCUCAGUUAUGACAAGAUCUGAAAGCUACCUUUGAUUGUCCAUUCAGAGUAAUGCAUCAUGUCUAUAGACCUUGCUUAAACCUUUGUCAGGGCUUGUCUAUGCAACACCUGCUCAUAACCACUCACAUUUGGUUUUUAAACAGUUGUGCUAUCUUCACCUGAACAUGUAUGCAGCUGCAAAAUUUAAGUCCUCCUUAUUGGCAUAACAUCCCUAUGCAUAAAGUUGUCUGUAAGGUUUUUGAUCAUUUCAGCUGUUUGACAUAAUUAUUAGGAGGAGGGCUUUUUAUUUUUUUAGCACAUUAAAAAGUUAACAGAUAAGCUUAACUGUAGCUUGAUUGCUUACCAUAUAGCUGUCCUUCCUGUCACUGAACAGUACAGCUCUAUGAAUAAUUUUCAGAUGAUGUUCCUGCAUUGCUGCUGGUUAGUCGGCAGUAUGAAGUCAACCUGAAACAUAGACGAGCCCUUGGCCUACCUUGUGUGAAAAUAUUUGACAACCAUCUUAUUCCUUGUAUAUGUGCAUGCUUGUUGUCAUAGACGUGUUGUGAAAAGUACUGUUUGCAUUUGUAGUUGCAACUUUCUGUGUCUGUCUCCAGUUUGCCAUAUGUGGAUGUAUAUCACCGUUGUGUAUGUUGCUUUUCUAGCCAGUUUAAAACAAUUAUAAAAUCAUUAAAAGUA